CUUUAAUGAUCUAUACACUUGACUUGAGUGCAACAUCCAUGUGAACUCUGAAGACUUCAUGCGCUCCCUUGUGCACGCAAAUCCCUGUCAUGUGUGGGAAACAUACACUGUUGACAGUAGCUGUGUUGCUCGUUGUAUUGUUAUGGGCCCAAAUGUGUGCGACUCUUAAUUCUAGCUUCGUUUUAUGUGCUAAGUACAAAGCAGCAAUGGCUGCCUCUUGUGAGAAGGCAAAGAUCCUGUUGAAUGGAUCCUCUAUGGCCAGCUUAUCUGUGGAGGAAGCAACUUCAUCAAGGUCUGGAUCAAUCCGGGAAGCCCCAUAGGUCGAAUGCGAUGUGUGUAACUCACCUGCGUGAGUUAUAAAUAUCUGGGCCUGGUGGUCAGCAAUCUGUCUUUCUCAGAUGUUUUGGCGUUAUUAUCACUCACUUGUGUGUUGGCGCCUUGGAGGAACUGCACUUUCAAGAGCUGUGGGUAUAAAUAAGGGUUUGCCCCGGGACGGAGCUCCUUGGCCAAUAUAGGAUCAAGGGUUGCGUCUGACCGCGAAGGUUCACGGAUGUGGAUUAGAAGAGAACCAGGAGCUGAGACACUCUUUGCUUCUUAAGCCUGCUGGUGAUUCAUCUUUGAAGAUACUGAUAUACGUGGGCAUGGCCGUAUCUACUGCAUUCAACAUGCUUCCUGCUAACGGGAUCACCGCACAUUGACUGUUUUGCGCCAAAAGAUCUCUCUAAAGGGGGAUUGGACACGGGCAUGAUAAAAUUAUCCGUUCUAAAGAGAAUAUUUGCUGGCUACUAUUAACUGCAUGAUAUGCGGC